AUGACGGAGAUAUGCAGCACACCGCAAUGUGUAACCGACAAAACUCAAGCGAUUCAGAAGUACAACAAGAAAGUCACCGCACUCAACUGCGUUAACGCUUUGAUUCUGUUGAACAUUGUGCAUAAGCUCAGCAAUGCGAACCUCAAUAAGGAAAAACCCAGCAACGAGGUUAAAAAAAUGAUGGAAAAAUUCAAAAUCCAUUCGGCUCGUAUGCUGUCCAUGUUGUACUACGGUCGUUUCCUCGCAGCUAGCUGGAACAUUAUGGUGUAUAUUCAACUGGUCACCGCAGUGGACUCGGGCACGUUUGAGUGGCCCAGAGAUAUUUUCUCAUAUGGCCAGAUGUUGGAAUAUUUAAAGUUCUGUCAGACCGUUGAAUUGAUCCCAUUGCAAAAUGCUCACGAUUCACUAGACGCUUACAUAGAAACUGUUGAUAUCGAUAAAAUCGCAGAGCAAUUGUACGACAACGCGAAUUUGACAAAAACCGCCUACAAAUUCUCCAGUCUCUUUACCAUUAUACAUUUACAGCUAUCGAAUUUGUUUGCCCAACGAGAUGCUAUUUUCGACAAAAUGGUCUUGGUUAAAUUUAUUGGUCCGGAGAAGCUUAAUACUAUGAUUAACCACGUGGACAAUCUUAGGGAUCUUUCUCAAACCCAUCAAUGGCAUUUUAUCGUAUAUGAAAACAUGCAUUGUUAUCUAAAGUUUCAGCACAUUGUCUACACCAAUGUUUUGUAUCAAGUUUGGUUUCAUUUAAAAUCUUAUCAGUUGUUGUUUACCGGAAAAUCUAUUAUAAAAGUAAUUAGGAAAUAUUUUAAAGAACCAAUGAAAUAUUGGUCUCUUAUAACCAAACCGUUGGAGGAAGCAACCGAAAUACUAGAUAUCAACGACAGUUUAUUCAUCACAGUAUUAAACAUGUUUAAGAACGGCAAAAAAGUACAUAGUGAUGACUUAAGUGACUUAGUCCAAAAAAUAUUAAAUAUAAAUUUCGCAAUGGGUUCAUAUAGACAAACAAUUUUUUUAACGGCAUUCAUUUUUUUAGUUUUUUUUACAGUGGCUACGGUUGGCACAAAGUUCAAUCUGGUGCGCGUCCGGGACGUUGUCUUCAGCAGAGAAUUUGUCGAGCUACUAAACGAUUUUGAUACGUCCGAAGACGUUGGCGUGUCGGUUUACUUCGACGACGCAGAUAUCAAAACGUUGACGGAACCGUGCAAGACCAAGAAGUGCAGAAGGGUCAAGUCGGUGGCCAUGAAAAAGUAUCGGAAAAAAAUGUACGCGCUGCAAUGCGCCAACAGUUUUAUCGUGUUGUCGUUUCUGCACCAAAUCAAGAACGACGGAAUGCUCGGCGAAGACGGGCUGCCCCGCGAAGACAAACAGGGACAAUUCGAAAUGUACAAGACUUACGGUGCUCGCAUGCUGUCCGUGUUGUACUACAGCCGUACCGUCGCGGCUAAAUGGAUGGUUUUGGCUUACGCCAAGUUGAUCGUCGGCGCCGACCCGGCCGGCUACGGGGAAUUCGUCGAGGAAAACACCUUUUUUUCCAAGUACGCCCACGCGUACAGCAACAAAUGCAAGGCCAGGCACAUGAUUCGCCCGCGGAAUUGGGAUCUACCGGACGCGGAGUACUACAGGGACGCGGACGACAUGGCCAUAGUGUUGUACGCGAACGACAAGCUGCGGACGACCUACAAGUACGAGAGUAUGUUCACCGCAGAAACUCUGACACUGGCGGGUUUGUUCGACCGCCAAGACGUUUUGUUCGACGAAAAGCCCGAGAUGAAAAUCUGUUGGCAAGACGCCGAACGUCUCAUGGACAAGCACAGGUAUUACCAAAUGAAAGCGUACAACACGCGCCGAUGGCCGUUCGUGAUGACCGGUUGCGUUGACUACCACUUGCAAUUCCAACACAUUGUCUACACGACCGUGUUGUACUACGCGUGGUUCCAUUUGGAAUCGUACGUGUUCAACAGGACCCGGUUCAAGCACAGCUGCAAGUCGAUAAGGGAACUGACCAAGAAAUGGUCGUUGAUAAUCGAACCGUUGAAAGAGGCGGUCGAAUUUUUAGACGCCGACGACGGUGCACUGUUGCCGAUACUGGCAAACGUGAUCAGAACUUCCGGGAAGAAAAUCAGAAUCAGUAAGUUGCUGGAGCUCGAGAUGAACGCGUCGGUCGUUCUGGCCAAAUGUUUAAAGGAAACGUCAGUGUUAAACCUGGGAAGUAUAUUUAAUCAUUUUUGGCAUAAGAAACAAAAAGACAGAGCGCAAGCCGAAGAAAGUAAAACAUCCAAAAGUAUAGUUAAUUAUUUUAAGACUAAACAACCAAUAGGCAGUGCAGACGUAGAAGAAAUUAAACAUAACGCCGAAGCACUAAGACAAUACAUCAGUAAUAUUAAAGAUGUAAUCAAACCAAUUGACAAUAUUUUUUUUAUCAAGUUCAUUUGGAGCAAAAUUUUAAAAGAAAAGAGACUUUCUUUUUUGCCUAAAUAUAAGGAGUAUGAAACGAGUACUGUGCUAUAUCAGCAUUUUUAAGAAAACAAAGCAAACUACUUGUCAAACGGUUUGCUUAUAGUGACAUAGUAUACAUUUCAAACGUCAAUGUUAUAGUUUUUUAAGUAGAUGCCUACAA